AUGGGAAUUGCCAGAGGGGCCAUCUUCCUGUCCGUGUUGAAACUGACGACCAUUUUCGUCUUCGUCUUCUUCUGCAUAGUCGCCGCGCCGAGCUACAUCAUAGCUAACGAGCCGCUUUACAGAACCGCGUGGGUUGUCGGCUGCGGCGUCAUCCCGAUCUCGUACGUGGUCUACUGCACGUCACCGUUCGUGACGUCGAUCCGGGUGCGCCUGCCGCCGUUUGCGCGCGGUUCCGCCGAGGCCCUGAAGAGGUUCGCCCGGGGGGCGCCGCCGACGACUCCGCUCGACGUCUCGAUGCUGUCUUUUAUCGGCAAGCCCCGCGUCAGCUCCGUGAUGCUUGGCGAGCUCCGGCCCGUGCGGCGGCGCUUCGGCCUGGUCAACUACUCGCGCGACGCUGCGGCCAUCAACGCGAAGCGCAAGUGGUGGCGGUUCCGGGCUGUGCGCGAAUUCAACAUCCAGACGGGGAACGACGCCCGCGUCAAGGCCGGCUGGGUCUGGCGCGACUUUGCCGGUGCCCUCGAAAAGAGGAACCAGGAGAAGACCACGGCAUGA